GCAUGCCACGUCUGCGCUGAAAAAAGAACUAAAUCCCUUGGGCCAAAUUCAUUCCUGGAGUUGCUUGAUUGAACAGAGAGCAUUUACACUGAGCGCAGAUUUGGCUCAUACCUGACUUUGUCAGCAUUCACUGUGCUGUAACUAAGUAACAAGAACACUGUAAUUAGGGGACAGAUGAAUAGCUUUCUCUGAGGUUAUUAGAGCUCUGAGCACCUUUAAGGAGCACAGAAAUCUGUGAAAGGAGGAGUUGGGGAAAAGGACGCUGCUCCUUUUAGAGUCCCUGUAACAGAACUGAUAAGCUAUUCCUGUGAUGUGAUCGAAUGUGACUGAAUACUGCAGGCUCUUGGACUCUUAUUCUAUAAAAUCCACAUCAGAGCAGCACAGGAAAAGAUCGGAGGCAACAGCUUCAGCUGUACUGAGAAAGAUGCUGGAGAGCUCUUCAGUCCUUUUGUUCAUUGUCUUCCUCCUGCUUUUCAUUUUGCUGCUCUUUGUGGUGCUCAUCAAGAAAAAUGCCAGCGCUGCCCUUAUCUGGAAUGAAAUAAUCCGGGAGAAAAUAACCAAUUUCAUCAUGAAUCAGAGCAAAGAACAGAGGAUUUUAAAUUUUGUGCUGCAGAACGCAGUCCGAGGAGACCCCCGUAGUGUGAUGGACACUAUAGAUAAGUACUGCUCCCAGAAAGAGUGGGCCAUGAACGUGGGCGAUGAGAAAGGUUUAAUUCUAGACAAGACAGUGGAAGAGGUGCAGCCCUCAGUUGCCCUGGAGCUGGGCACGUACUGUGGGUACUCAGCCGUGAGGAUCGCUCGCCUGCUGAAGGCAGGAGCUCGUCUUCUCACCGUGGAGUUCAACCCCGAGUUUGCUGCUAUCGCUAAACAGAUCAUUGAGUUUGCUGGAGUACAAGAUAAGGUAAAAAUCCUAGAAGGCCCUUCAGAGGAAAUUAUUCCCCAGCUGAAGAAAAAAUAUGAAGUGGAUACUCUGGAUUUUGUCUUCCUGGACCACUGGAAAGACAAAUACACACCAGACACCAUCCUGAUUCAGGAAUGCAACUUGCUGAGGAAGGGCUCAGUUCUUCUGGCUGACAAUGUCAUCGUCCCUGGAGCUCCAGAAUUCCUUAAGUAUAUCCGCAACAACCCCCGUUUCCAGUGCACUAACUACCCAUCCCAUCUGGAAUAUAUGAAAGUGGAGGAUGCUAUGGAAAAGGCUGUGUUUUUGGGAUAGAGAGUGCCAUUAAUACUCAACCUUUGUUUCAAAUGAUGUAAAUGCAACUGCACAAGUUAACUUGUCCAUGCUUUAAAUUUUGGGUUUUUUGUAUUUUGGAGCCUGUAAUUGCAGCAAGCACUAGUGGAGAUCACUUUAGAUCAGCUGGAAACCAGGAUCGGGAGCAAGUCUGCUCACAGGUCUGUUCCAUUGUUUCACACCAUUCAGCAAACCCAGGGUGAUGCACAUUGCCUUGCCUUGACCAACACAUCAUCAAACACCACAGUCUGUUAUUUUGAGCUCAAACCCAACCAACCACGGUUUGGGCUUAGGGUGGGAUGGAGAAAGUCACUUCUGAAGGUUUGUGUCCCCAAGCUAAACUGAUUAAUCAUUACCAAGAGUGGCAAAAAGGAUCCAUGCUGCAAGAAAAGACUAGUUCAGGACCCCCAAUUUUGCUAAACUACUAGCAUGCCCCUUAAUGCAGUGAAGGUUCCUAUCAUGCUAUCAGGUACAUUUUUGCAUAGUUAUUGCAAAAGUUAAUCAUCUCUGUGCUAGAGAAAAGGGCAUGCACUGAAAGAUUACUGACCCAUGCAGUGAUGAGACAAUAAAACAGAAUUUUGCAGUAGACAAAUAAAAUUAUUAAUCCACCCACGCAGAGUUAGGGAAACUUGAUGUAGUGAAUAGAUUAUACCAAACACAGUAACAGACAAAAACAGACAAAAAGAGCAAGAUCUUUCCAAAGGAACACCAAAGCUACAUGAUAUCAGAGACCUUGAGCAAAUGCUGUUUAUCCCCUCGUAUUUACUUAUCCCCUCAUUAUAUUGUGUAUCCAUAUAUUAUGCUUUUUAGGGGCAGGACAAGCUGCUUACUCUGAAGUGCUUUGUAUGUUGAAGAUGCUGUAUAAAAAUAAAGACCAGAGAGAAUGGGUUUUACCAGGUGGGUCCUGCCCACCCCGGUUAACCCCAGUGGUGGUAACACUAUGUGAACAGUGAGGGUUGUCAUUGAGAUGAUACAAAGCCAAAGUCUCAAACUCAUCUGAACAAUGCAAAAAUCCACCAGCAUUUCCUGGCAUGUCCUGAGGCAAUGGUUGCAUUUAUAAGUAAAAACUAAAAAA